CCUGGCACGAGAAAACUGAGUGAAGCUACCCUUCCAAACAAUCAACGGAGCGCCCGGGAGAGUUAGCUUUCGAUAGCUAGUUUUGACGGGAAAAGUUCUGUCGCGGAUAAGGAAAGAGUUAAAGAGGCGCAGUCGCCACCGCCGGUGAGCUGAAGUCAUCCGCUGAGCGCGCGGUACACUUCAGGCAGAGGACACCACUUCACGCGAGCGCCUCGAAGCCAUCAAAGAGCUCAAAGGCUCAAAGAACGGAGCCCGCCGGUUCUUUAUGGAGCUGCUCGCAUCUAACACACUGUACGUUUCAGCGGUAUAGGUUGGACUAGAGCGACACGGGCAAGACGCGGCUCAACUAUGGCUGAAGCGAGGGUUCUUUGCAAGCUGACGGACUCUCCUUCCCCAGAGUGUACAGUAGUGAGUGAUAAGAGGUCGCGCCGUCUCUGGAACCUGACAGGAAAUCAUUUUUGACAGCUCAAAGCACGUAAACAAACACGCGCUCCUCUCCCUGGAAACUGGAAACUGUCUCGCGAUCUCCCCGCCGCGGGGACAAGCCGCUGUUCCAGUACGCUCUCUGCUCCAGAGAGAGACACUGCAGUCGAGUUGUCUCCCAUGAAGUUCACUAAACUUGGGUUUGAGGAUUAUAGUAUUUAUUUUUAAUGAAGAAAUUAAUUUAUUGAACAUUCUCCAUUCGAAGACAGACGGCUAAGAGGCCAGUGUUGGUCUAAAAAAACUUACAGCAAAGAUGCCGGUCCGACGUGGUCACGUGGCACCACAGAAUACUUUCCUUGAUACCAUUAUAAGGAAAUUCGACAGUCAAAGCCGCAAGUUCAUCAUCGCAAACGCCCGCGUGGAGAACUGUGCCAUCAUCUUCUGCAACGAUGGCUUUUGUCUCAUGUGUGGUUACACGCGAGCGGAGAUCAUGCAGAAGCCGUGCACGUGUAACUUCCUGUACGGGCCGCACACCAAGCGGCUGGCCAUUGCCCAGAUGACCCAGGCCCUGCUGGGCUCCGAGGAGCGCAAGGUGGAGAUCAACCUGUACCACAAGGAUGGUAGGACCAUACUGUGUGUCAGAGAGUGA